CUGAGAUCUGAUAGGACAGCCAUGACUGCAGGGGCCCCUGGAGGCUCAGCCUGUGUACCAUUGCUGCUCACAGCUACAUGUUAUAUUCUAUUCUAUUCCAUUCUAAACAAUCGAGGAACCCUUGUUCCAAACCAUGUUAUCAUUUAGACUACCUGUUCAGAAAGAUUAGGCUACUUACUGUACUGAGCUCUCUCCCCUAUAAGUUCCUCCUACCAAAUGCACAGUCGCUCUCGACCAAAUCUGCCCCCACAUCUCUUGCUUCUCUCGCACCCUGAGUCUGUCUCGCAGUUUGCCAGGAUCGGCCAGCGGUCACACUCACUCUCGGGACGACACUGGGCAGAAGCAACAACAUGGCUUUACGAAUGAAGGCUUCCAUGUUCGUGGGACUUUUACUGCUUUCUCUGGCCUGGAAAGCAACCUGGGCCAAGGUGGAGGUGAACAUGGAGGACAGAGUGGAGGUGUUCCUGAGGGACACGGCCCAGAUCACCUGCAUGUUCACGGUCUCAGACAGCCCCGACGACGUCAUUAUCCAGUGGUACAUGAUCACAAAGACCAAUGUCCGCUUGAGGAUCUACUACGGAGACAGCACCAUACAGGUAGUCGACCGGGGCGGGCAGUUCACAGACAAGAUCAGUGUGAUUGGGAAUGGGAAGAGCAGCGAGGUGGUGCUGACCAUCAGGGACGUGGCGCUGGAGGAUGAGCUAGAGUUCAUCUGCCAGGUCAACGGGCUGUCAGCGGGUAACGAGGAGGGACGCACCAUGCUCAAGGUGUUCGAGUCACCUGAUCGUCCAAUCAUCGAGGGGGUGCACUCUGGGAUCUCUGUCAGCAAUAAGAACCCAUCUAAGAUAGGGAGCUGUGAGGCUAAGAACGGCUACCCCAGGCCCAACAUCACUUGGUACCGUGACCAGAUCUCACUGCAGAACACGCCAGGCGUGGUCAGUGUGGUGACCCUGGUCACUAAGGAGUCCAGUGGUCUGUACACUGUCCAGAGUGACCUUCACCUGAAUGUGGUCAAGGAAGACAAGGAUUCGUUCUUCUACUGCGAAGUCAGCUACCUUGUCCCUGGUGGAACCAAGAUGACAGAGACCAACAAGAUCAACAUCACUGUCCACUAUCCAACCACUUCUCUUGAUGUGUGGGUGGAGUCACCGAAGGGGCGUGUCAAAGAAGGGGACACAGUUGAGAUUCAUUGCCGUGCCGACGGGAAUCCUCAACCACCCUUUACAUUCAUGCACAAUAUGGAGGAGCUGAAAUCUGAGCUGAACGUAUUGGUCCUGAAAGACGUGACGCGGCUAAGCAACGGCAACAUCACGUGUGGCGCACUGGACCUGGACACAUAUGAAGAAACCCUAGCACACACAGAGCUCUUUGUCGACUAUCUCGACCCGGCUGUGUUGAUUCCCAAAGACACCCAUGUCAUGGCCAAGGGAGAGGAGCUGAUUGCCACCUGCAACGCCCUGUCCUCCCUGCCCACACACACUGAAUGGUUCAAGAAAGGAGAAAAAGUUGCAGAGGGCCACACACUGACCCUGAAGGACGCUGUGUUUGACAUGGCGGGGACGUAUGUGUGUGUGGUGAAGGUGCCUUCACUGAAAGGACUGGAGACCAGUGGCUCUUUACAUGUCCUCGUACAGGGACCCCCAGAGAUCAAGGAGUCAGCAGACACAGUCCUGGAGGAGAGCACAGAGAAGUCCCUGAAGCUGAGCUGCCACGCUAGAGGAUACCCAACCCCUGUUAUCACCUGGAGCUCCUCUGACCAAUCACAGAUCCUGAAGGUGUCCCACAGACAGACAGAGGAUGAGGUUCUCAGUGUGGUGAGCGUCAAGGUGACCUCUGAUAUCACAGCCUACUGCAACGCCUCCAACAACCAUGGCACAGACUCCAUCUCCUUCAGCAUCAAAGCCAUGGUCCAAACGACCUCGUCAGCUCCCAGUACUACAGUAAAAACUCCAUCAGCGCCAAUAACAGUGGGAGCUCCAGUGCCGGUAACAACAGUAACCCCAGUAACUCCUCCGAAGAGAGUCAAGAAAGAGGGCAGCGGUGUGAUCAUCGCUGUCAUCAUCAUCUGUAUUCUCCUGCUGGCUAUCCUUGGCAGUGUGCUGUACUUCCUGCACAUGAAGGGCAAGAUCCCAUGUGGGCGUUCGGGCAAGCAGGAUCUUACCAAACCGAAUAAGGGCAGCAUCGUGGUGGAGAUGAAGAGUGACAACACAGAGGAGGCCGUGCUUUUAGGUGUCAACGGAGACAAGAAGCCCCCUAGUGACCAGUAAAGGGUGAUAAGUAUAUGGACGUGCAGAAGUGAGCGUGGCUGUGUGAGGGGGCGACUGCUGCAGCUGCUCCCAGUCCAGUUCACUCUCUCAGGGUGGGAUGGAUCCUUUGAUGCCUUGUAGCCUACAACUCCCAGGACAACUCAUAUGAUAUAUGCUGCAGUUCUCUAACCUGUUCCCAGAUUCAUAGUUCUUUAGCAUGGCAGUGGCUAUGUUAUCUUAAGUCAUGCUAUUUCAUACUUUGUCAUGUUUUUCAUAUGCAUAACAAACAACAUGACAGAGAAGCUGGCCUAAGCACAUACAGAUCUGGGAUCAGCCUAGCAAUUUUCAUGAAUGUGGUUAUUCUAUGCACCCAUAAAAUCCAGUUAGAGCACAAAAUAAGAAGGACUGUUUGUUAUAUAUGUUCCUUAAUCCAAAUGACAACUCGGGCAACCAAUCACUGAAGAUCAGCCUGGCACUGCUCUUUAUUUCUUUAUUUAAAAUAACCUGAGAAAAACCUUUUAAAAAGACAUGGCUAGGAGUUUGUUUGUUUUGGGUUUGUUGCUUUUUGCUGGAGAGAAGCUCUGCAGCUUUCCUCUAGAGGUCCACCUGCUGUUGUUCUGCACGUGAUUGGCUGCCUUUACUUCCUACUUUGCUAAAGUCUGUACACUGAAACCAUGGGUGCAUGUUGACAGGCUUACCUACCAUGUCUACAUGUAUACAGCCUGCUUAAUCUACCAAUGUAAACCAACAUCCAACCUUUAGAGCUAUGUUCUGAAGGUGAACUCCAGUAUCGGUUGUGAAUCGUUGAUAUGUUAUUAUUAUUUUUUUUAGUAGCUUUUACUUAACACUGAAACUAACCUUAGACUUGUUUUCCCUUUGUUUUGGGCUUUGUGAAUGAACAUGUAAGGCCUUGUCUCAUCCUCUGUUAUCUUAUGCGAGAUGGGCCCUGUUUGAAUACAUCCCUCCUUCUUUCCUUCAUUGGAGUAAUCACUGAGCUGACAUGACUUGGAAUAGGUGAAGGCCUAUCCAAUCAGGUCAAAUCAGUGAUAACUUCAUGGAAGGAAGGAUACGUGGUGAAAUAUCCAUGGAUAAGGGGUCCCCAUUCCUAUCAGUUCAGGAUUGGGUUCUUUUGUACUACAAAAGCCAAUAGCAGAGCUCCGAUGAAGCCAAAGUGUCAUUGGUUACUUUUUCUUCUUCCAUAAACUGCUGUUUAGUUCUCGUACUGUUUGUAAAUAAGAGGUUAGAAUCACACGGAUAUGUUUCCAGUUUCUGUUCGUAAACGUCUGUCUGCCUUAUACAUUCAGCCUCUUAUUCUACAGCUAGCGGUAUAGCUUACUUUCUUUCACACUUGUUUUAUCGUUAUUUGUGAGAAUGUCCAGUGCACUGAUUUUGUUGUGUUUAUGAUUUUUUGUCAUAUUUUGUUGGUUUUGUCUGUGAAUCUCUGGUUUAAGUUGGGUGAAGGGGUGUUUGCGUGUGUAAUGCGAGUGAAAUGUUAGCUAGUUUUUUAUGAAGGUAAAAUAGCUCUUUGACCUAGGGGAGAGUGGGGUGUAAGUUGAGCCACCCUUGUUUCUAGGAAACCAUUCACAAAAUGAAUAUUUUGACCAAAU